UCUCCACACCACAACCCGCCGCCACCGCCCGCUGGGAGGGGAUUAGAAAUCGUGUAUCGUAGGUUUGCGCAAAUCGCCGCCUACAGCAACCAAUCCCCUCCCCUCCCCUCCCCUCCCCUCGAGCUAUCUACCUUUCCCGAUCCCGAUACCCUACCAUGGUGUCCGAUGCUAGCAAGAAGAAAGCCGCGCAGAAGAAGGCCGCCGCCGCCGCCAAGAGGGGAGCCAAGUCCAACGCCGCUGCCUCAUCCUCGUCGGCGUCGUCUGCGGCGGACAAGGCGGCUAAUGGCAUAGCGGCGCUUAACUUGUCCGAUCGGACAUGUACCGGGGUCCUGGCUUCGCAUCCGCUCUCCCGUGAUAUCCACAUAGAGUCCCUUUCAUUAACAUUUCAUGGACAUGACCUUAUUGUGGACUCAGAAUUGGAGCUUAACUAUGGGAGGCGGUAUGGUUUGCUCGGCUUAAAUGGUUGUGGAAAAUCUACCCUUCUCACAGCAAUAGGCUGCAGGGAACUCCCCAUUCCUGAACACAUGGACAUACAUCAUCUCACCCGUGAGAUUGAGGCUUCUGACAUGUCUGCGCUGCAAGCUGUUAUCUGUUGUGAUGAAGAAAGAGUCAAGCUGGAAAAGGAAGCUGAAAUUUUGGCUGCACAGGAUGAUGGUGGCGGUGAAGCUUUGGAUCUUGUAUAUGAGCGGUUAGAAGCGAUGGAUGCAUCAACUGCUGAAAAGCGUGCUGCUGAGAUAUUGUUUGGUCUAGGUUUUGACAAGCAAAUGCAAGCAAAGCCAACUCGUGAUUUUUCUGGGGGUUGGCGUAUGCGGAUUGCGUUGGCAAGGGCACUGUUCAUGAAUCCGACCAUCCUUUUGCUUGAUGAGCCAACCAACCAUCUUGAUCUUGAGGCUUGUGUCUGGCUUGAAGAGAAAUUAAAGAAUUUUGAGCGUAUACUUGUUGUUAUCUCACAUUCCCAAGAUUUCCUAAAUGGAGUGUGCACCAACAUCAUCCACAUGCAGAACAAGACCCUCAAGCUAUAUACUGGAAAUUAUGACCAGUAUGUUCAAACUCGCUCUGAGCUUGAAGAGAAUCAAAUGAAGCAGUACAAAUGGGAACAGGAACAGAUAGCUAAUAUGAAGGAGUACAUUGCUCGAUUUGGUCAUGGAUCUGCGAAGCUUGCUCGUCAGGCUCAGAGCAAAGAGAAGACUCUUGCAAAGAUGGAGCGUGGUGGUCUCGCUGAGAAGGUUGUCAAUGACAAGAUUCUUGUUUUCCGCUUUACAGAUGUAGGCAAACUCCCACCACCAGUGCUGCAGUUUGCUGAUGUCACAUUUGGGUACACUCCGGAUAAUCUCAUCUACAAGAACCUCGACUUUGGUGUUGACCUUGACUCAAGAGUUGCACUGGUCGGUCCGAAUGGGGCAGGUAAGAGCACACUUCUGAAGCUCAUGACAGGUGACCUAUCUCCACUGGAUGGCAUGGUCAGACGCCACAACCACCUACGCAUUGCACAAUUCCAUCAACAUCUCACUGAGAAGCUGGACCUGGACAUGCCGGCCCUGCAGUACAUGAUGAGGGAGUACCCUGGGAAUGAAGAGGAGAAGAUGAGAGCUGCAAUCGGCAAGUUUGGCCUGUCAGGAAAGGCACAGGUGAUGCCUAUGAAAAACCUGUCUGAUGGGCAGAAGGCCCGUGUCAUUUUUGCUUGGCUAGCAUUUAGGCAGCCACAGAUGCUGUUGCUUGAUGAGCCGACAAAUCAUCUUGACAUUGAGACCAUCGACUCACUUGCUGAGGCACUGAAGGAAUGGGACGGGGGGUUGGUCCUGGUGAGCCAUGACUUCAGGCUGAUCAAUCAGGUUGCCCAAGAGAUCUGGGUCUGUGAGAACCAGGCGGUGACUAGGUGGGAAGGUGAUAUCAUGGAUUUCAAGCAACAUUUGAAGAAAAGAGCUGGUCUCUAAUUUCAUGUCUUUUCCUUCUCGGCUCUUUGGAGAUCUAUAGACAACCCAAAGUUUUGCCUCUGUAUCAGAAAGUUUCCAUCAUUUAGAGUGACUAGUAUUGAGUAUUGAGUACGAUUGUAUCGACUUAAAACGUAUCUUCUUCUCUACGCUAUUUUAUAACCAGAUGAUCCUUAUUUAA